AUGGCAGCUCCCGGAAAACCGGAGCACGACUACGGUGUGGAGAUGUAUGGAUUUCCGGAUUUCGUGCACGUUCCGGCCAAGAAAGCCCAUUACGAUACGUGGAGCACGAGAAGUAGCAGUGGAUGCAGUAGUAGUAGCAGCCCAAAUCACCUGGAUGAGCUUCAUGUGUUGCUCCAAAAGCAGACUUGGCACGAGUACACGACACAGCGGUGGUCUCGACGACUGCUCUUCCGGCUGAAGUUCCUCAACUGUCAGCAUUUCCCGCCGACCAGAGUUCGGCACGGCGAGACAGCAUCUAGCAACUCAUCAUUUCAGCCGGUGCUCACGUGUGAGUGGCUGGAUUUCCAUUACGCGGAAUUCGAAGACGCGUUUGAAGCAUGGAAGAAGAAGUGCUUGCAUCCGUUCCGAGUUGCUUCAUCGGAAACCCUGCGAGAACCGGACGGUACCGUGAACCAUCGGUUCAAAUACCGUUACGUCGUCUUCCAUUGUGCUCAUUAUGGAGAGCCGAGAAUGCGAGGAAUCGGAAAACGUCCCAAUCAGCACUACUUGCCGUCUGGAUGUCGUGCGAUGCUGCGUCUGAACUACAGCUUCAGUGAACAGCUGCUCAAAAUUACUACGCUCCACGAUGAGCAUUUGAACCAUGAGAUCUCAGCCGAGAUGUUCCGUAAAGUGUCGGCCAAACUGAAGAGGUCAUCGAUCGGAACUCCGUCUCCAGCAAAUAAACGACAGAAAACGGAAUCCCCAGUAUCUUCACCAUACAGCCAAGAGUCAUCUUUUUGUCAACCUUCGCCAUUAACGGCGAAUUCCCCGCUUCAAGGGAAUACUCCAACUAGUGGAGCGAACACUCUAGCACAGAUUAUGGCGUCGUUGCUAAAUCAGCAGAAAGAGAAUAUCAAUAUGGCCUCUGGUCUGUCAUCGCUUGGUAUACCAAGACCGCAACCGUCAAUGAUCAACAUACUGGGUAUGAUGGGUCUUCAGCAACGUUUGUUGCUGCAGCAGCCAGCGUACGGUCUAGUGGCUCCACUGACCCAGCAGGUCUCUUCGCCACCUCAAGCGCAGUCAGUUCCUCAAAUGGAACCGAAGCCAAACGCUAUGGACCGAGAAGCGGAGCAAAGGUCACUUCUGAGCAGACCGCCUCCGUUGACGGUGCCGACAUCGACUACCACGUUGACAGCUUCAUUUGAAGAGUCUCUGGCACGACUGCGCAACGGCGCACAAGAUGCGGAAUUGAUGAACCGCAUAGCGCCAGCUCAAUUCGCUUUCAUCCUUCUGGGGCGCUCCCACGAUCCCUGA